GUUUCCAGUGUGGACUUCAUAAUCAAAAUUCAAGAGGUUAAAGCUCAGGAGAGAGAGGACGCCCUCUUUCAGUGUGUACUGACUCACCCCGUACCCAAGAUCACGUGGCUAACCAAAGGCAGACUCCUGGAGGAUGGAGAAAAAUACACCAUAUCAGUGUCUGAACACAAGCUCAUACACAGACUGCUGAUCAAAGACUGCCAGCAGCUGGACAGAGGAAUCUAUUCAGCUGUGGCUGGAAUCGUGUCCUGCAGUGCCUGGCUACUUGUGGACGCUGGCAGUGACCCUUCGUCUGCCGGAAAGAAGAAAAUCCGCAAAACGACGUUGGCUGUUGGUGUGAGAGCUGACCUGGAGAGAGUGGCUAAAGAGCAGCAAAUGAAAAAUCAACGGGAGAUGGAGAAUAUUUUAGCAGCCAUAAAAGCAAAACAAGCAGCACAACAGAAAAAAGAAAAACCGGGUAGCACGAGUAGGACAGAUGAAGAAAUCGACGUAAUCACCAGACGAGGCACAAACAGCGGGGCGGUAAAGAAAGCAGCAAGAAGCAAUGAACUGCCUGAGUCCAUAAGGCCCAAUGAGGAAACAAAAGUCAAAAACACAACAGCAUCAGCAUCAAAAUUAAACAUCUCAGGAGAUCAGCUGAUAUCAGAUCAGCCCAAAAAGAAGAAACAAUCCAAAGCAGAUCAGGUGGAUCCUGACAAGCUAACAGAGUCCAGCACCACAGGCAGUAAUUUUGAGUUAAACCAGACCGUUGUAUCUGCCAUAAGUCAAACUCAGCUGAUGGAUUCUGAUGGAAAUGAAGAAUUAUCUGAGUCUAUAAAAGAUGAGAGUGACAGUAAUGAGAAUGAGGAAGAUUUUGUAGACUGGACCAACGAUUCAGGCUCUUCAAAACAAGAUCAGCAUCCAAAAGAUGUGUCACACGGUGAAAGCCCCGCCCCUCAGGGCCAAAGUGAGAUUGAAGAAGCCAAUGUGUCUUCCACACCUUCUACGCACAAAAGACAAAGUCCUCUGUCUGAAGAUUUGGUGAUUGAUAGCUUCAUCUAUGGAUUAUCUGAUGUCGAUGCCAUCAUCGGUGAGACGGCAGAGUUAACAUGUAAACUCAGCAGUAACAACUGUGAGGGAGCCUGGUUCAGAUACAGCAAAAAGGUCUUCUCUGAUGACAGUUUCACUAUCACUAAGGAUGGUGCAGUUCAUAAAUUAGUCAUAAGCAAGUGUAACGAGGAGCAUUCUGGGAAGUACCGCUUUGAGGCAGAUGGAUGCAAAACAGAGGCAAUGGUCAAUGUCAAAGAUCCCCCGAGGUUCGAGCCUGAUGACCUCAGUGCAUUCACUCAUCCUCUGACACUUAAGGUGGAACAGAAUGCGGCCUUUAAACUGCAUUUUUUAGGCCACGAACCCAUAAAGAUUCAGUGGUACAGAGAAGGAGAAGAGCUCCAUGAUGAUACCAACACAAACAUCGAGACAUCUGGGAGCCACAGCAGCUUACUCCCGAGCAGGUGUCAGAGGAAGGACACAGGAGACAUCAAGAUCAAGCUGAGGAAUGAACACGGCUUUAUUGAGGCAAUCUCACACCUAAUUGUGCUUGACAAACCCACUCCACCUCUGGGUCCUGUAGAGGUAAUUGAGAACUCAACUACAUGCAUUGAAUUUAAGUGGCGGCCUCCAAAGGAUGACAACGGUUCCCCAGUGAUUAAGUACAUACUUGAGCGACAGCAGACUGGGCAAAGCACGUGGAAAAAACUUGGCGAAAUCCCAGGUGUGCCUACCUACUGUGAUAGAGAUGUCGAGCGAGGACACAAAUACUACUACCGCAUCCGGGCAGUGACUGGAGAGGGCACCAGUGAAGCAAUGAAGACAGACGAAAUGCAAGCUGGCAUACUCACAUUUCCCGGCCCCCCUGCACCUCCAAAAGUGGUCAGUGCCUUUGACAGCUGCAUCAAUCUUUCUUGGACUUCUCCAAACAACACAGGAGGUUCACGUAUCCUUGGUUAUAUUUUAGAGAAACGCAAGAAGGGAAGUAAUCGUUGGACUGUUGUCAACACUUGGGAUGAGCUAAUAAAAGAGAAGAACUACGCAGUGAAAGAUGUUGUGGCGGGCAUGGAAUAUGAAAUCAGAGUUACUGCCAUAAACCUGUCAGGAGUUGGUGAAUUUAGCAACCCCUCAGAGUUUGUUUUUGCACGUGAUCCAAAGAAACCUCCUGGUAAAGUUACAGGCCUAAAAGUUACAGAAACAUCUUACAAUCACAUGGCCUUAGCCUGGACCAAACCUGAGGAGAAAAUAGGACAACACGAUGAAGCAAAAGGAUAUUUUGUUGAGAUUCGUUCGGCCGAGUGCACCGAAUGGUCAAGAUGUAACAACAGUCCCGUCAUCUCAUCUUCCUUCACUGUCAAAGGCAUUAAGCCGAUGGAUGCUUACUUGGUGAGGGUUAUAGCGACUAACGACGGAGGAGACGGUGAUCCCCAGGAACUUUUACGCUAUGUUAUUGCAAUGCCUUCACCUGUGAGGCCAAGAUUCACAAACCACAAGAUGAAGAGUUUUAUGGUAGUCAGAGCAGGAAACUCAGUAAGGAUCACAGUGAGUUUUGAGGCUUCCCCACGUCCAGAGAUAUCAUGGUUAAAGGACAAUGUAGCAGUGACAAAACGGGUAACAGUCAGUAACUCGGAUGGCUCAUCACAGCUGCUGAUCCCCUCCUCUGAGCAUUCUGAUUCAGGCAUCUACUCCAUUUUGGUGAAGAAUCUGGUGGGACAGGAGACAUUCAGUACAGAGGUCAGCGUUACAGAUGACCCGAAGCCUCCUAGACCAGUGGAACUGGAGGAAAAUGUGCCUGGUACAGUGAGUGUGAAGUGGGAGCCGUCUCCUGAUGAGAAACAUGACAACCGCCUCCACUACAGUGUGUCCACACUGGAUUCAACCAAAAGCACGUGGACCACAGUAGCUGACAAACUAUUCAAUAACAAGUUUACAGUCUGCAACAUCAUACAAGGCCACUGGUAUCAUUUCCGGGUCUACGCUAAAAACGACAUGGGCAUAUCUGCACCGUUGGAGUCACCAACAUGGGGUACAGAGAAAAAGAAAGAAAGAGUUGCGGUGAGUUUACCCAUCAGAAAGCUCUGCGAUUUGAGAUGUGCUCCAUCUUUCAUUGUACCCUUGAAGCUUCACACUGUGCCAAAAGGCUAUGAAUGUUACAUGAGCUGCGCAGUGAAGGGAAACCCGCUGCCUCGUAUCACAUGGUACCGAAACAACCUCAGUCUGAACACUAACACCAACUAUUACAUCUCCAACACCUCUGGUGUCUGUUCCAUGCUGGUCCUCUGCAUGCGCCCUAAAGACACGGGCGAGUAUGUCGUUAGGGCUGAGAAUAUGCUGGGACGAGCUGAAUGCUCCACUGUCCUCAGUGUGACAGAGUGAAGAAACUGGGCGUCACAUAUAUUCCUUAUGCUGCAUUCACAUGUUGGUGGUAUGUGGCAGACAGGAAAUUGGAUGUUCCAUUGGACUGAGUGACCCUCUAAUGCCUCUUCAGUAUGUGCUGUCUAACAUUUGAAUUUUUCAACUUUUUUUCUACUUGCC